GCGGCUCUCCCUCCCGAGGCGCCCGGGCCGUGCCUACGGCUGCGGGAUGGGGUGGAAAAGCCAGGAAAAGGUGAAAACAGUCGCUGCCCCACGGCCUGGGCGAUGUGCCCUCGGGGAGCAUCCCCAGUGCCUCCUGGGGGGCACUGGAGGUGUGUGUCACCCCCUUCCUCCUCCCCAAAGUGCCCUUCCUCGGGCUUCCCGGCUCUCGGGCUGGAGAAGGAUGAUGUGUCCGAAGCCAUAAAUCUUCCCCAGACCAUGAGUAAUGUACCUUACGUGCUGCUUGACUAAUCUGCCUGCAAAACAUCAACAAAACCCCUAAGAUGGUGAAGCGCCGCGGAGCUGCGUCGGGCGGGCAGGAAGCCUUUGCAGCAGCGUGGGUGUAAUGGUCUCCGGCCAGAUCGCUCCUGUCAAAACCAAACUUUUCUCCCAGAGCUGCUUCUUGUUUUCGGCUGUGCGCAGUCAGGUUUGGAUUUGCUGCGACUGGGCUGAGGGAUGGGUCAGGAAUGUGCAUGACAAAGGGACUUGGAGCAAAAAAGGAUUUGCUGCUGAGAUGUUCCUUUGCAAGGAGGUUUAUGUAGCAGGUCUCUAUCUCUUGCCUUCUUUCAUGCAAGCUGUAAAUAAAAAUCAAGCUUAGAAUCCAAAGCAUCUGAUUUGUAAAUAGGUAGAAAAAUGUCUGGCUGGUGGGAGUGUGGUUGUCUUGGGAAUACUGAGUUUGGCACGGGUUUAUACAUCCCUUUUCCCAUUAAAAAAGCAAAGGAGGUGACAUACUGGCCCCGUACUGAGGUCCUUGCAGUGCCACGUCCUGGUGCCCAACUGUUCAACCUGUCAGGACGCCUUGGAGAAGUGUGUGGAAACCUGGCAGUACAUAAACAGGGGAAUAAUCUGCCUCCCAUACUGGAAUUCAUCCAUUGCUGUUGUUAUGAAGGUUUCAGAUUACAGAGUCAUUCAGUAGGAAGUCAACAGUCAAGGGUGUGCUGUUGACAUGUAAGAUUUAAAGCAGAUCUGUCUUGUGCUCUUGGGCUUGGAUUCUGCCACUGCACAGGGCGUGUUAACCUGGCCUGUUACUGAUUUUGUGCAACCCUGAUAAAAUAUGAACUUGAACACCUCAAAACUGCUUCUUCCUUACUGCCAUACUCUGUUCUUGGGUUUGGUCCCACCAGCAGAAAGCAACAUGGAUGGGGGAAAUGUGCAGCUGAGAUGUUCUGCUGUUGGGCUUAGGUUCUGAGCCAGCUCCAGCUGGUAGAAACGUGGUUCCCUGAGCUGCUGUUGCUGUGAAUGUUUGUCCACCUGCAUUGCUGCUGCUGUUCCCCUUUUGCAGUGUUGUGGUGGAGCCUGCAGGAGUGGUGCCUUCCCUGCAGCUGUGGUGCCCUGCGAGGGGGGGAUGCGGAGCAGGAAGGGGGAGCCGAGGCUCAUGGCGUUCUGAAGCUGGGGGAGGGUUCCUCCACCUCUGGGGCCAUGUGCAGGUGCCAAACCAGAACACCCAUAUGGACCCUGCUGGAGGAGGUCUGGGUCCCUCAUGGGGCUGAAACUCUGACUUGGUCACUUGACUUCUGCAUAUGCUGGUGGUGUAGUCAUGCUGCCAGACAGCAAAUGGGAAACAAGGAGCCUUGUCCUGCAGGUUUCAUUCCUUUGCAGGAGCCUGUGCUGAAUAGCUGUCGGAGCUUUUGUAAAAAGGACGAUCACAACAAAGAGAAUCUCUUCAACAGCCUGAACUAUGAUGUUGCUGCCAAGAAGAGGAAAAAAGACCUGCUGAAUAACAAAGCCAAGAUUCAAUAUUUCCACCAGGAGAAGUGGAUCUAUGUUCACAAGGGGAGCACAAAAGAGCGCCAUGGUUACUGCACCUUGGGAGAAGCCUUCAACCGACUUGACUUUUCCAGUGCUAUCCUGGACUCCAGGCGAUUCAACUAUGUCGUGAGGCUGUUGGAGCUGAUAGCAAAGUCUCAGCUGACGUCACUGAGUGGCAUUGCCCAGAAAAACUACAUGAACAUUUUGGAAAAAGUGGUACAGAAAGUCCUUGAAGAUCAGCAGAACAUCAGGCUAAUACGAGAAUUGCUGCAGACCCUCUACACAUCCCUCUGCACGUUAGUUCAACGGGUCGGCAAGUCUGUCCUGGUUGGGAACAUCAACAUGUGGGUGCACAGGAUGGAGAGUAUUCUCCACUGGCAGCAGCAACUGAACAACAUUCAGAUCACCAGGCCUGCCUUUAAAGGAACCACUUUAACAGACCUGCCGUUGUGUUUACAAUUGAACAUCAUGCAGCGACUGAGUGAUGGGAGAGAUCUGGUUAGCCUCGGUCAGGUGGCUCCCGACCUGCAAGCGCUCAGUGAAGACCGGCUGCUGUGGAAGAAACUCUGCCAGUACCACUUCACAGACAGACAGAUUCGCAAACGGCUAAUCUUAUCUGACAAGGGACAGCUGGAUUGGAAAAAGAUGUACUUUAAGCUCAUAAGGUGCUACCCACGGAAGGAGCAGUAUGGUGACACACUGCAGCUGUGCAGGCACUGCCACAUCCUCUCCUGGAAGGGUACUGAUCACCCUUGCACAGCCAACAACCCAGAGACUUGCUCCACCUCUCUUUCACCACAAGACUUUAUCAACUUGUUCAGGUUCUGAACUUGGGUCACCGCAGCUUACGCGAUUCUUACAGGACACUUUAUGCCACUGAGCUUGGACACUUCAUUUGUAAAUAGUGUAAAUAUUCACGUUUGUUCGAAGCUCCUGAGUCAAGGAACAAGAGGAUCUCAGAUGAAAGGUGAAAUCGCUCACUGAUGUGCAGCGCUUAAGGAAUACAGACUUCCAUAGGACUGGUGUAUAAAUGCAGCAUGUUGUACAGAGUCCCUUUUUUAUGAUCAGAGUACAAGAUACAGGGCAAAAAACUUCAUUUUUUGUUUUUAGAAUUUAAAAAUGAAUUUGCCCCGCAACCAUUUGAGAACUCUUUGGUUUGUUUCUAAUAGAGAAAGCAAUAUGAGGCUAGGACUGUUGAACUGUUCCUCCAUCUGGUUUUAUUUAGCAUACAUAUUUAUAAAUACGACAUUUUAAAAAUAUUUAUGAAAAAUAUCCCUGUGACAAGUUUAAUAAUACUUUUAUGUUUUUAAAAAAGACACAUUCUGAAAUACUUUAUAACUCUAGCCUACUUGCGAGAGAGAAUCGCAACAUACCACUUUCUACCUCUAAUAGAUUGAGUACCUUUCAAACAAAAAUCCAGUGUACAAUGUGAACUUUUGUAUUUUGUACAAUGAUUUAAAGGGAAAUGUUUGUGAUAGUAAGCAUCUUUUCUUGUAUUAAUGCUUACCUCUUUACAUUAGUUUUCUUGCUCUACUCAGUGCUUGAAUGCCUAGAUGAUAGGCACCAUAUAAAUACCUAAGACUUUACUACAUCCUCUUUUAAUUUGUUGGUUUUAUGGAAGACUAAGCAAAAGGGAAAAGAGAAGCCACAAGGAUGAAGAUUAUCUAAAAGGGAGGAAGUUCUAUUAUAGAGAAAAAAAGGACUGGAUUUAAUCUCACAAUAUAAAUUCAUAUCAACUCCACUAGGUUAAUUGCAUUGGUUACAAUACCAAGUCGGGUUAGAAUCUGGUUCUUCAAGCCCAUGUUUUUCCAAUACACUGCUCUGUAUUCCCACUGCUGUCAAGUGAAUUCAGUCAUCUUGGAGCUGGUAAAAUAUAGGGAGAACUGGGCCAUUGAAUCUAGUGAAAUGAUGCGGUUUUUAUUCGCUGGAAGACUGGCAGCAUUAUUUUUAAUUUCAGACUACUGGAGUUUAGGGUGAUGAGUGAGACAGCAUGAAGAAAUAGGCCAGCAUUUUCCUAAAAACAGCAGUCAGGACUGGAGUAAGCAAGGGAUUUCCAACAUGGCGCUUGACGUCUUUGAUUAUUUCUCUGUGUCGGUGGCAAAGACCCAGCCUAGUCCCUUGCGCUUCCAGUGCUGAGCUUCUUUAUGGGAUCUUCUAACACUAGCCUAGAGCUGAAUUUUCAGUCCUAUGGAGUAAGUGGCCAAAUUAACUUCACUGUGGCCAUGAUCUGGCUCACUGUCUCCUCUGUUGCAUACAGUGCUUCACUUUUCCCUACAGUGGAGCUAGAAUAAUCCAGCAAUAACAAUUUGAAAACCUGCAGUGGAAAGGUUUUGCUGUUUACCAGUAGAUUUCCUGUAUAGCACUUUCUCUGUGCAUGAUGUAAGCAGGAUACCUCGGAAGGGUAAAUAUUUAGCGGGUUGUGUGUGACUAUGUACAAAGAAUUGUGAGGAAGAGGAGUACUCAGGACAAUUCAGGAAGAACUACUUGAGUUAAUUAUCGUUAAAUAUGAUGUUCUUUUUUUUUACAUUUUUAUAACUCACUUUCAACACUUUUCUGCAGCUGUUUAUAUUUUUUAAAAAAUUGACAGUAUUUGCAUUUUUGCAAACUAAAUCACUUUGCAUACUCUUGGAAGAGACACAAAAAGGGAAAAAAGCUGCCUCUAGAUGGAGCGGUGGGGAAGGGGGGGGGAGGAAAGCCAGGAAAAUGCUGACAAGAACUGCCCUUCUCCUGCCUUCCAACAGCAAACCCAAGCUUUUGUUCUUCCAGAGAGCUCUGUGAGCCUGUGACACCCUUAGCCAUGGCCCAGAGCUUGGCACUCCCCAGAGAUGAGGAGAAAAUGUGUGGGAUAGGGAGCUUUAUCUUGGUGUAUCCAUCACUUUGCUGGUGGAAAGCAUAACCCUGCUGAUUCUAUUCAUGUCAACUGAAAGUGAUUUAAAAGCUGUUACCUUGGAAAAAUGAACUUCUGCUUGUUUGGGGGGGAUGUUUGUGAGUGAAGGUGGCCAGUUGCUGUUUUCAUUCCCACAUUGGUGGCAGCAGGUAGGUGUGGCUGAAAUCUGGCUCAGUGAAUGAGGACAUAAAGGACAGAAACCUGCAAGUGGAGUGAGUGAAGCAUUGCCACUGUAUUUGGAGAUUAUUGUAGCUCCUUCUUCCAGCAGUGAGAGGACCCGUGCCCCUUGGCAUCUUCUGUUUCCAGCUCUGACUUGGGGUUGGUUUGUUUUAUAGUCUUGCCUCUGCCACCCAUAGUGAGCCAACCUGUUGUGUUGGGGAGGCAACAGUAUUUCGGUAUGAAAUGCUGGGGGGUUCUGCCUAGUCUGAGUCUGUGCUUAGCAGAUGACACGCACUGUGAGAUUGUGACACUGGGUGAAUUUUAAGCUCAGGUUUGAAUCUGGCCUAGUGCAUUCCCUGCACAGCAAGACGGAAGAUCUCGGCGUUUGGCUGCAACUUGGAAUGUCUCAGCUCUAGCCAUUGCUUCUCUCAGCCUUUCACUGAUCUUGAGCUAAGAGUUUAUUCUGUGUCCUCUGCCCAGAGUGCAUGGGUCAUGCUGACAACGUACUUAAUGUGCAACUGAGGCUCGUAUUUGUAAAACUUCAAUUAGUGGUUUUUAUUUCUUAGCACUGUGUAAUCUUAAAGGGUCAAGUGCUGAAGGUGAUUUGUUAAUACAGUCACACACUUGUGUGUUGCUCAUGUGUGGUCCUGGGAUAUUGCUGUCAGUGUCCAAAGCAGCAGAAAACCAAGCAACUGCUGUAUUGGAGAACAAAAUGGACUAAACAAAAAGAAACAGAAUAAGCCUCAUUCAGUUACUGCCCCAGUCAUUACGCUCCUGCUACAGCAACUGUCAAAUAAGACUUUGAUCUCUUUGGGAGACUCAUUGUUUCUCAAGUGGCUGGUACAGGGAGAUAUUGUGGUGAAUUCAAUAGUCUUGUAUUUAAAAUUAAAUGCUGUUGCAUCUAAAUACCUUAGUCUAACCACUUACAAAGUGGUAGUAUUUUAGCAGUGCAAAGACAGCUGCUUGGCUGAGGAUGGCAGACUAACAAAACUGACAGUGAUAACAGGCUUCCAGGCAGGAUGGUUUAAGGCUGCUCUUGUGCAAAAAGGACCUCUUUAUUUUAAGACAAUUGUCACAAAGCUGUUGUGAAGGGAAAACAGACUUUUACUUGUAUUUUGGAAAUGGAACGUUCUUUUCAAAUGACAUUUCACCUUCCAGUCAGUUGAUGCAUUCCCAUUAGACAUGCAUCAGUUCUUAUACUAGGAAAGGAGUUUUUUUUCCCUCUUCAGUGUUUUCUCCUGCCAGCAUAUCCAGAGAAAUUUCAUUAUCUUCAGAGGAUGUGUUAACCAGUGCAACAGUGUAGAAUGUAGUGCUGUGAAGAGGAAAAAUAGAUCCAUGCGGGGGAGGAGACUUAGGAAGGGAGAGAUUCUAGAGAUCUCUGUUUCAGCUUUCUAGAAGAGGCAGGUAUUUGGAGUUCAUUUUAAUGUGAUAGCCACUUCAAGAGGCACAAUUUCAGCUGUACAUACCUUAAGCCAUUUAUACUAACUAUGGUAUGGUAAAGUUUGAUCAUAAACAGUGUGUACCUCCUCUUAUACUGUUUGGGUUUCUUUUUUUUUUAUUGUGGGAGUUUCUAGAUCCUUUUAUUAUGUAAAGUGAUUAGGAAAACUUGUAUUGCUCUGAAGACAUUGCUUUGUAUGUAAACAUUUAGUUGCACCCUGCCACUUUCUGUAUAUGGGAAUAUCUUUUUUUAUUAUUUUUCUUUGCCCCCAGGUUUUGAACUGUUUGUGUUCCCAUUUCUGUUUGACUUCAGUUACUCUUGCAAAGCUAUCACCUUCUAGAACAUACAGAGGUACUAAACAAGCUUUCCCUGCCCAGAAAAUUCCUUGGCUAAAGGAAUUAGCUUAGCUAAAAUUUGAUUUAGAGCAGGAACAUUUCAAAUUCUGUUAUGUAGCUAAUAAAUCAGGUGUGCUGUUUCAUGCUUAUCUCCUGCCCGGUACAGCAAACCAGUGUUGUCCUCUGCAGUUCUUACAAACCUGUUGCACAGCUUCCCCAUAGAUCAGCACCUUGCCAAAAAGACAUAGCUUUAAAUUAAAAUGUCACUCUCCUAGCUGGCCUGUUUGCAAAAACAUAGACCCCGUGGAGCUGAUGGCUGAUCAGGUUGAUAAAGACUCCCUGUUACAAGGUUUGGGACUCUGGUAUCCUGCUUGUGCUGCUUUUCUGAGCUCGUUGCUUAUAAUGAUGUUUGUUAAAGGCUCUGAAGACAUGGCCAGCCAUCCACACAGCUGUCAGCAUGUGGCUGCUGGGUUGUGUGAGUGUCUUUACCAGUGCCCAAUUUCUAUCCCAUAUCUUCCUCCAGGGAUUUCAUUGGUAGCAAAUCAGCUUUGCAGGAUCUGGCCCUACAGAGAACAAAUCCAUCUUGUCCUUGACACAUGCAGUCUCUUGUAUAUUAAUACCUUGAACACCAGAGAGAUUCCCCUUCCACUGACCAAGCAUUGCUGCUUCUCCUCCUGGGAGGGCAACUGAGGGUGGAACUCAUUUCUUUGGCCCUCAUGUGCUACACAGAAUGCUAACAGGUCUGCUACCAAGAGAACAUUUUAAUUUGAAAUAGCAAAUACACUCAUCUUUAGGAACUAAUCUACAGUAAUUAUAAAUACCUACUUAUAUAUGGAAGAGAGCGUGUGUUCUGUUUUGUUUUUCCUUGAAGUUGUAACUAGAGAUGAUAUGAAGUGAAAGGCAUCCCUUAUUAUAUAAGACUUCUGUUUAAUAUUGUGUGGUUAAAAUCCUUCUGUUAUAAAUUUGCACACUUUUUUCUUCUUCCCUUGCAUGUUCAACUCUGAUUUUUACAGCUGUUCUGUGCAGACAGUAAUGUAUUUUUGUAAAACCUUUUUGACACUGAAUUGCAAUAAAUGUUCAAACAAUGUGAACC